CCACAACAACCUACCUCUCUCUCCCUCUCUCUCUCUCUCUCUCUCUCUCUCUCAUCAAAAUACUACUCUCCAAACACAUUGCAAGUUAGCCCAGCUCUUUUCUUGCCUCCUUCCUUAAUUCACAGCCUGUCAAGCUUGAAUUAUUAUGAACAUGAAUACAAACAUGUCUUAACUUAAGGUUUGCUUUGUUGUUCUUCUAAGCAAGGGAGAGCUAGCUAGCUAGGCUAAUUCAAAUAUUGGAGUCUUUCUGGUGUUUACUAGCCAUAAUAACUCUCCCAAUUCAGCACCACAGCUGCACUCCAUAGGUUGCUCCGUCCAUAUUGUUGAAAGAAAAAAAUGAGUUAUGGAAGCUCAUGAGUGGUAUAAGGGCUUGCUUGUUUUUCAGCUUUUCUUUGUCAACAAUAGACUACCUUGUGGCAUGAAGGAGGGAGAUGUUCAAUGAGCCUUGUAGGAAAGCACAGCGAUCUGGUCACUAUAUAUUUCAGGGAUGGGAACCAAACUUGAAUAUGCCAUCAAUCUUCUAGCAACUUCACACAAUAGCAGUAGCGUUAGUGUACGUUGUGUGGAUGACCUGGAAUAUUUGCAGACCAGGGGUCUGAGUAAGGACCUUCAAGUUAGUGGGAUAGACAAGUUUUGCAGCUCUAUGGACAGGAUGCCUGAGAAACACAACAUAGACUUCAUCAAGAAGACAAUGCAGUUGCAUGAUGAUAUCUUCAAACAACAGUGGAACUUGCAGGUAAGGGAACUCCAUAGGCUGUACAGUGUUCAAAAGAUGUUGAUGGAUGAGUUGAACAAGAAUGAAAUUAAACAAGACAGGAAGUACUGGACUCCAAUGACUAGUUCAUAUACUAACUACUCUCAAUUCGCUAACCGGCCUAAAUCAACAGAACAAACCACUUGUGAUUAUAGUUUCCUUGUUCAAAGACCGAGAGAUGAUCCAAGUUCAAGAGAAAGAAGUGGUAGCUGCUCAGAUGAGACGAUGAGAUUAACAAGGGGAUUCGAUCUUGAAAGGCUUGCUGAGCAUAUAUCAACUGGAGUUGGAGCCGUGGACGAGAACCAAGCUGGGCCAAGCACUUGUGCACCCCAAAAAGGAAAAAUGAGCAUAGAUGGAUCUGAUGAAGAUAGUGAAGUGGAGCUGACAUUAAGCAUCGGAGGUAGCACUACAAGCAAGAAGAUAUCCAAAAACUACCAGACACUUGAGCUUGAUUCUCCAGCCUCGUUUAUAUCUGAACGAGGAGAGGAUUACAGCACUCCAACAACCCCAAUGAGCAGCUCUAGUGCAACAUGCGGUCAGGACAGAAAGCGGCCGCAUUGGCUUUUCCAAAAAGUUUAAGUAUAAAUUGGACUUGACCAUAUGUAUGUGUGUGUCCUUCUAAAACUCCACUUGACUCGGACCAACAAAAAUCUAUGGUCUUUGAAUUGAGAUUCUUGAUUCAGUUCCAACCUCGAUCUAUUAAAUGGAUUUUGAGGAACCCUUAUCUGGGGUAUUACAUUGGUUGUGAAUAGGACAUCUACUGCACGUCAAUCUAGCUACCUUUUCUUUUCAA